AGGAGGUUGGACAAAUUAGGAUAAAUUAAAUAACUAAAAUUAAUAAAAAAGAUCUACCGGUUUUGUAACUGAACAAUUGCAGAAUUAAAAUGCAACUUUUUUGGUAAACCAAAGACCAAACCGGGUUGAAAUAAACAACAAGCAGCAGCAUCUCCAGAUUAUUUUCUGGGUAGCUGCUGAGAAGAUGAUCGGAGUGGGGAAGAUGAAACUGUACUCGAACGUACUUGACAAGCCACUCAGCAAAGGCAAACAAGAGGUGAGCUUGAGCGCGUUUGCCUUGUUAUUCUCGGAGCUAGUUCAGUACAAUCAAACACAGGUUGAUAACAUUGCUGAACUUGAAAGAAGACUAGAUGAUGCUGGGUAUGCUGUUGGAGCUCGAGUUCUCGAGCUUCUUUGCAACCGAGACAAGGGAAACCGAAGAGAGACACGGUUACUAGGAAUCUUGUCUUUUGUCCACAGCACCGUCUGGAAGGUUUUGUUUGGAAAGGUUGCUGACUCACUUGAGAAAGGUACUGAACAUGAAGAUGAGUACAUGAUCAGUGAAAAGGAGCUUCUCGUCAACAGGUUCAUAUCAAUUCCAAAAGACAUGGGGACAUUCAACUGCGGGGCGUUUGUGGCAGGCAUAGUCAAGGGAGUUUUGGAUAACGCAGGGUUUCCUGCUGUGGUCACGGCUCAUUUUGUACCCAUUGAAGGUCAGCACCGCCCUCGGACCACCAUUUUGAUCAAGUUUGCUCAUGAGGUGCUUAAAAGAGAGGCACGGCUAAGCCAAUGAGGAGAACUUUUUGCCACAAUCUGAGGACUAUGUUGGCUUUAUAUGAACUGCUUGUGCAAAUCUGCUGGUCCGUUUUUGAAUGAUUGAUAAAAGCUUUUGAAUCAAGCUGUAAAGCCCUUGUCGUCCGUGCAUUUCAUGUAAACUACACAUACAUAUCCUCCUGUUAUUAUUGCAUCUGAUGAUACAAACACUUUCCUAGCUGCACAUAGAUCUUUUUUGUCUCAAGGUUUCUAUUUAACUUCAUUUGGUUACCAGUCAAAUACAUGUCAUCA